UAUUAUUAAAUAAAAAAUACUCCAAUUAGUAAUAUCCAUUUUUGAUAAUUUACGGUUCUGCAGAAAAUGAAUUCUACGGAAAUCUAUGGAAAACCAUUAUGAUGGUUAUCGUUAUCCUUUUUAUCAUUGUUUUUGUGAGUGUUUAGAACAACCUUGCACAAUGCCAUUGUCGUACGCAACGAAACUCUCAUAAACCAAAAAAAAAGCGCCAAAAAUUUGUUGCAGCAGCAUCAAGAUACACAAACGGUGAAAUCAUGCGUCUUCUUUGCCGAUUUUUCUCUAGGAAGACUCUGUUGUUAGGUCUCGUGGCCUCGUUAUCGUUGUCAUCGUAUAUCGCGGAAGCCAAGACCGCCCUCCUGUUCGGUGCCACUGGUGCCGUUGGGAACUCGGUCCUACGCGCGAUUCUUCGCAACAACUCUUUCUUUACCAAGAUUAUCAUUGUGGGAAGGAGAUUUCCUCCCAAGGUGACGGAUCUACUGCCGGCCUCACGGCAGCAGCUCCCCGAGGUGGUCCGGGUGGAGCUCCCCGAUCUGGGAAACGUCGACCAAAACGAGGAGCUUCUGGCCAUGGGCCCCGCCGAUGCCUGUUUCAUCGCCACCGGAUCGGGUUUCCCGCAUUUGUACGACUUUCGCAGCUUUCACUUCGUGGAGGUCGAUAUGGUAGCGUCCAUGGCGAGGCUGUGCGAGAAACUGAAGGUGCAGUCCCUCACGUCAUUUAGCUCGGUCGAUCCAGAGGAACAUCCAACGCCAUACACAAGAGAAGAACUAGAAAGCGGCGACGAUGGGACACCCAUAGGAUGGUGGGGACUCCUAACAACGAUGGUCAAUGUGAUGGGGCUAAAAGAAGUCGCAUUGACAGAAAACUCAGGUUCAAUACCUUUUGUUCGCAUCUUCCAACCCUGCAACAUCAUCACAGAAGAAAUUCGAUACGGCUGGCUAGACUGGACCAUUUUUAGGAUCCAUCCGUGGAUAGAUCCUAUCAUACCCACGAAGUAUCAUUCUGUAGACGUCGUUCUGCUUGGCAUGGCAAUGGUGAGGGAUGCUAUCAAUCUUAUUUCCGUAUCUUUCGCCAACAGCGACGCGGACCGCAACCCAAAACGGCUGACGUAUGGAGACUUUGCAGAGAUAUCCGGGAAGGAAUUUAUGGAAUGGAAGGAACAACAAAUGACUAUGAAAGAGAUAGAAUUGUAGAAUUUCACGGUGCUUUUGAUGCCGCAAUGGGAAAGCUGCCUGGUGGGUGACACGAAGAUCAGAGUUACAGAGACAGUCACCUCUGGACGAAAACUGGACUAAAACUUGACACAUAAA